AUGGAGUCUUUGGAAGUGGCAGUAGACUUGGGGCAUUGGUUUAUGGAGUCUUUGGAAGUGGCAGUGGACUUGAGGCAUUGGUCUUCAGGUUUAGAAAGGUUUAGUUCCUGCUACUCGAUGGUGCAAACCGUUCAUCUUCUCCUCGCUGUGCUCUUGCUCUUGUUUCCAUUGCCUCCAGUUCUCGCUCAUGAUCAAUCCAGAGGCAAAGAUGCUGCUGCGGCUGUUCCAAAGAACUUGGUCCUUGACACUGACCUUGACGUGGAGGAUGUUUUGGCAAUUCUCUACAUUCUCAAGCAAAACAGAUCUCUUAUAAAUCUCAAGGCAAUCACCUUAGACUCAAAUGCAUGGGUAAAUCCGGGUUUUGGAGUCAACAUGGUAUAUGAUCUCUUGUUCACCAUGGGCCGGGACGACAUCCCCAUCGGUGUCGGAGGCGAGGGAGGCAUCACACAAGAUGGCACAAUCCAGCCAAAUGUUGGAGGCUAUGUGCCAAUUAUUGAUCAGAUGCUUUACACCUGUGGGAGUUGUAGAUACAGGCAAGCCAUUCCACCAGGAAGAGGAGCGGGGAGUCUUGAUGUGGACACGCAUUAUGGACUCAGAAGCCAGUUCUUACCUCAGGGGGAGAGACACUACAUCCCAGGGAACCAAAGAAGCUCUCAGGAAGUUCUGCUCGAGGCAUUGUCAACAGGAUCAAACACAGUGCUGCUCACAGGAUCCCACACAAAUUUUGCACUGCUGCUCAUGACACACCCAGAGGUCAAGAAGAACAUCCAGCAUGUCUACAUCAUGGGUGGUGGGGAGAGUGGCAAUUUGUUCACUGGAACUGAGAGCAACCCAAGAGCCGAGUUUAACAUCUUCGCAGACCCAUUUGCUUCUUAUCAGGUUUUUCACUCUGGGCUGGCUAUAACUUUGGUCCCCUUGGAAGCAACGGAUACUGUUCCAGUCACUCAGGAACUUAUCACGGCUCUGGAAAGAAGCAUGAACAGCCUCGAGGCAAACUAUACAUAUCAUAUGCUCAGCAUGCUCAAGCAUAUCUGGCCUGAUGCCUUUUCUCAGUAUUUCUAUCUUUGGGAUUCAUUCACAUCAGCCAUUGCAAUAUCGGGGAUGCUCAAUGGGCACGAUGCUUCGAAAAACGAGUUUGGAACCAUAGAUCCAGCACUCGUAACUAUUGUCACGUCCAACGAGCCUUACGGCGUCCGGGAUGGCUCCAAUCCUCUCUUUGAAACCAAAAGGUGGCGGAAGUUUGGGCUCGAGAAGGGUGGCGUCCACAGCGGCCACGUCCAGACGGGCUUGAGAGAUCCAUUCUGCUAUGUUCCUCGGGGCGAAGGCAUUUGCAAGGAUGGAAGGACGGUGAUAACAAAGAACUGUAAAAGUGGUGGUGGGGUCUUGGUCCAGGUAGUGGGACGAGCAAAACUUUCUUACGAGAACGAUGAGAGGACUCACACGAGCAAGGUGCUCGACAAAGAAUUCUACUCGAGCUUCAUCAACGCACUAAACUCUCCACACCAGUCUGCUCGAUUCACCUUCCAAAGGCAGACGCCGUCCAUCCGAGAAAACCAGUAUAGGGUCAACUCGAGCGGGCCCAAGAGACUUGGCAAAGGCAAGGCUUUGUUAUUCGACAUGGACAUGAGCCCCGGAGAUAUUCUCACGCUCGUCUAUCUCCUCAAGGUACCAAGGACAAUCGUUGAACUCAAGGCAAUCACAGUGUCCGGCAAUGGCUUUGCAAACGCGGCCUCGAUCGAUACGGUGUAUGAUGUGCUGGACAUGAUGGGAAGGGACGAUGUGAGUGUGGGGCUGGGAGCUCUCUUUGCUCGCGGCCAAGCUUACUCCAACGCCACUGGAGACUGUAAGUACAGGCGAGCGGUCCCUCAAGGCACUAGCGGCUUGCUCGACUCGGACACCCUCUACGGCCUUGCACGAAGCCUUCCUCGUAGUCCUCGAAGGUCCCAAAGUUAUCCAAACCUUUCUCCUUUUCUUCCUCAUCUUCUACUGUUCAGGUACUCUGGGAGAUCACAGCUCCAAACUUCAACCGAGGUGAUCACCGACGCGUUGCGCGGCCUGGGCGGAUCCGCAAAGCUCACGGUCGUCGCCGGGGGCCCUGUUACAAACCUGGCGGAGUUUCUUACCGCGACGAGGAACCAGGCUCUCAAAGAUCUCAUCGAGGAAGUCUACGUGCUGGGCGGAUCCAUCUCGCGCCCCGGCAACGUUUUCACCGUGGAGGAGAACUCCAAAGCCGAGUUUAACAUGUUCCUGGACCCGCUCGCAGCCGAGAUAGUUCUUUGUUCCGGUCUGAGAGUGACGCUGCUGCCCCUGGAUGUGACGGAGAAAGUAUCCCCCGAGAAGGCCUUCCUUAACCAUCUGAGAUCCCGGCACCGGCACCGGACACCCGAGUCCUGUCUAGUCCACAAGCUGCUACGCACUGUCCAUGAGCUCAAGACGAAGAACCCGGCCUACGUCCAUGCAGCCAAUCCUCUGGGUGAAGUAAUGGCGGCUGCAGUCGCUGUGAACUCCACAGCUCUGGGUGUUGUGUCGAAAGAAGUGGCCAUAACUGUCGAGGCAACGGGUGACGUCUCUCGGGAUGGAUGGACCAGAGUUGACGAGCACGGAUGCACUGUUCGCAUCGUUGAAAAGAUCAACCGGACAGCACUGGAUUUUCAAGUUGCCAGUGCACUAACAGCUCCAGCGUAGAUUGAUCUACUCGCUCAAAACAAAUCUGAUCAGAACCUGCUACACAAAUACCUGGAGAAGUUACUGAACAGUGAGUAAAAGGGGGCAAUUCGCUUCCUCCCAGUUCACAGAACCUUAAAAGUCAGAACUUUGUACAACAAGAGUGCCUUCCCAAAUCCUCAAAGAUCUCAAUGAAAAACACAAGCGAAACAGGGUA